AUGAUGCUGCUCAACGCGAAGCAGUCUGGCGCGGUCGAGCUGUACGAGAAGGACAUGAUCGAAGGCGUGCUCGACCUCGACCAGGCGACCGUCGAGCAGAUCAUGCAGCCGCGGGUGGAGGUGGUUGGCAUCGAGGUUGGCGACUCGCUGCGAGGCGGCUCGCAGCCUCCUCACGACGCGCGAGUGCCGGAGCCGUCCGCUGAGCCUGCUCGGACCCUCCCCGCAGGCCUGCUCGCAAUCUCGCAGACGUACAAGUACUCGCGCGUCCCCGUCUACAACGGCACCAUCGACCAGGUGGUCGGCGUGGCCCUCACCCGCGAGCUGAUCGACUACGUCGACCGGCCGGGCGCCGACCUGAGCACGCUGCCCGCCUCGUCUCUGAUGGAGGACAUCGUCUAUGUACCCGAGACCAUGUCGGCGAUGAAUGCGCUCAAGCUGAUGCGGCAGCGGCGGCUGCACAUGGUGGUGGUGGUGGACGAGUACGGCGGCACGGCCGGCAUUGUCACUCUCGAGGACAUCCUCGAGACGCUCGUCGGCAAAAUCUACGACGAGGACGACGACGACGAGGUGCUCGAGGACAUCGACAUGAUCGACGGCUCGUACCUCAUCGACGGCCCCGCCGAGCUCGAGGCCGUCUGCAAGGUCCUCGGGGUCAGCCUGUCCGAGGAGGCGCUCUCCGAGUUCGCCACGCUCUCCGGCUUCCUCUGCCACCAGGCCGGCGAGAUACCCACCGACGGAGACGUGCUCUGGGUCGACCACGUGCGCUUCACCAUCGUCGAGGCGGACGAGAGGCGCAUCCUCGAGGUGGAGGCGCGGAACGUGACCGCGCCGGACGCCGGCGACGCCGCAGCCGGCGCCGGGCGCGCAUGA